AAGUUCUUUUGAACAAGACGCCGCAUUUUAUUUAUAAAGCCCCGCUUCAAAGUGCAACGCGCAUGCCCCUGCGAUUUAAGAAAUCUAGCAAUGGCCAAUCCAGCGCGCCUAAAUUAAUUGAGAGUUUCCGGUUUCUUGGAGUUCCUUAAUUCUCUACCUUUGGUCACUGAGAGCGUGUGCGAGAGAGAGAGAGAUUCCGGCGCUCUCCCUUUCCAGAAGAUAUGCGAGGCACUUGGACAUUGAGGAGCUUCUAGGGAGAUUGGGAUUGAGUGGGAGAAAUUUGGAGAAAUUGUGGGUGUAUUUCUUGCAUAUGGGCAUGAUCAUAUCCCCGCAAACUGCAGAAGAGUGGGGUUAAUAGGGUCACUUUUGUUUCAAUCUAAGAUUGCUUUGGGGCAUCUUGGUGGAAAAAAAUCAAUGGAGCUAGUGGAGCACCAGUCACAUCAUGGAUUGCUAUAUUGCAAUACAUGUGCACUAGAGAGGCUUUUUACUGGUAACAAUGAGUGGCCGUGCUGCUCGAACAAUAUUUGUUGGCAACCUGCCAGGGGAUAUCCGAGAAUGGGAAGUGGAAGAUUUAUUCCACAAGUAUGGGCCCAUCAUUGAUAUUGAGUUGAAGAUUCCACCUCGCCCUCCAGCUUACUGUUUUGUAGAGUUCGAAAAUGCUCGGGAUGCUGAAGAUGCCAUUUAUGGGAGGGAUGGUUAUCCUUUUGAUGGCAACCGUUUACGGGUUGAACUUGCCCAUGGUGGGAGAGGACAUUCUUCUUCAUUGGAUCGUCGUAAUAGCCAUGCCAGUGGAAAUGUUGGCAGACUAACUGGAAAUUCCAGGCAUUCUGAAUAUCGAGUCAUUGUGCGUGGACUGCCCUCUUCAGCAUCAUGGCAAGAUCUCAAGGAUCAUAUGAGAAAGGCUGGAGAUGUGUCUUUUGCUCAAGUUUUUCGUGAUGAUGAUGGUGUGACAGGACUCGUAGACUACACUAACUAUGAUGACAUGAAAUAUGCAAUUCGAAAACUUAAUGAUACGGAGUUUAAGAAUCCAUUCUCCCGGGCUUAUAUUCGGGUCAGAAAGUAUGACCGUAGUUUGUCCAGGAGCUGUAGCCGAAGCAGAAGCCGCAGCAGGAGCCACAAUAGGAGCAGCGGCGCACCGCGGAGUCAUAGCCGUAGCCUUAUCAAAUCAAAGGAACCACGUUCAAGAUCUGAAUCACGAUCAGUUUCACCAAGAUCCAGAUCUAUGUCUGUCAGAAUCUCUUCCAGGUCAAGGUCCAGGUCCAGGUCUUGAUCACAUUGUAAGGCACAAUUUGAUGGCAGUUGAUACUUCAUUGCACCAAAUCAAACCUUAACGCAGUUUCCGGGAUUGAGCUUGUCAAAAUAUUUAAUCUUCUAACCUGUGAAGGGACUCUGGUAUAUCUGACGUGACAUUGGCCUUUGUUGAUGUUAAAAACUCAAAUUAUUAGGAAACUAUUUCGCUUCUCAAGCUUGUUAUAAUGUUGCAUUCUCUGUUCGUGGACCUUGGGCACAUCUCACAUAACAAUAGCCAUUUUUAUGUUACAUUGUCAUGUAUAUUUUACUAUUUUUCCUCUCCUCAAUUUGGUUUCUUUCUGCUGCAGUUCAUAAUGUAAUCGGAGUCUUAUGGAUGGAUGGAUGGUUGUCAUUAGUGUUGGAUUUGGUGCUUGGAUUUGCUUCUUUGAAACUU